AUGCAACAGAGAAAGGAGACAGUAUCAGUUAACAGUAAAAGAAGUUCGGUGAGAUCUUACAUUGAGCCUAAAAAUUAUGGCAGCUAUCUGUAUCCUUGUUAUAUAUCAGACGACGAAUUUGAAGGUAGAAAAAGCUCAGAUGAUUCAAAAGAUUCAAGUUUUAACGAAAAAGACCGAUCCGAUUAUUUGAACCCGUACCAGUCUUUGCAACAAUCAAAUGAAAGGCAAAGUCAUGUUUAUGAACAUAGUAUCAUUGUUCAUAAAACGCCAGAAGAAGGUUUUUAUGUUGCAUCAGUUCCUGAUUUGAAUAUUUAUAGAAUGUCUGUUGCUUCCAUCAAAGGUACCAUCAACAAAAAUAUAUCAUCUCCUGCAUUGACUGGACACAAAUAUAUGACUUUGCAAAUGUGUCAUUCACGAAAUGAUGGGGACUAUCCAAAGAGACAUAUUAAUUCAUUGGAUAUUAGACAAACCUUAGUAAAUAAGUGGAACAGUGUACCUGUAGCAUUAGAUAUCACGGAGAAAAAACACAAGACAAAUACACUAAUGGCUACAAGGGAAAUGAGAGUAAGGUUGUUAUAUCAAGUGACAUUGAACAAAUCAAAAAUCAAUGCAUGGGUUACUGGAAUAAAAGACAUGAAGUUAGGAACCACUGGAGAGUAUAGGGAAAACGAAACUGAUAAACAAGCAGAUAUCGUCCAUCACCAUAAAGAUUCUGAUUUAAAAACAAAAGAAUUUGACAAGAAAAUUGAAGAAGAGUGGGAAAACAGAGACGUAAUUUAUUAUGAGACAAGUGUCUAUCCUACUGUCUUAGAUGCUCUUGAAAAUCAUCAUUGUGUAACCUUGAUAGGAGCAUCUGGGGAAGGAAAAUCGGCAACUGCUAUACACGCAGCACUUGAAUAUAAACAUAAGACACCUUCUUACGAUAUUUUAGUGAUUUAUAAUCCGAACGAAUUAAUCAAUUCCAUAAAUUUGAAAAAACCUCAAUUUAUAGUUAUUGACGAUCCUGUAGGAAUUCAAUGUUUGAAUGAACCUUUUCUUGUUGAAUGGGUUCAACUCAAAGGAAAACUUCGUAAUUUUCUGCAUCUUGGUCAUAUCAAAAUGAUUGCAACAAUACGAAAACCACUGUUUCAAAAACAUAAAAUACGAAUUAAAGAGACCAUUUUUGAUACAAAUGUUAUCGAUCUUUCUUCUGAGGAAAAUCGGUUAUCAAUUAAAGAUAGGACGGGAAUUUUGGAACAUAACAUCAAGUCUACAGGCCAAAACCUAGAUCGUCAAAUUAAAGAAACAAUCGCAAAUUACACGUAUUUUCCUGGAUUUCCACUAUAUUGUCAUUUCCUAUCGUUGAAUCAUAAACUCGUAAGCCAUGUUAAAAGAGAUAUUUGUAUGUUAGUUAUAGAAGAUUUAAACGAAUUAAUGAUAUCGGAACCUUAUCAUUAUUGCUGUCUCGUCUUAGCAUUUAUGUUUGAAAAGGCUUUUAAUGUAAAUGAUUUCACUUUCUGUGAAGAUAUCGAUUUACAAGAUCCUGAUAUGGUGAAAAAGAAAAAGAUUAUGAAUAUUUUAAAGUCUUGUUUCAUCGAAAUAGAAGACAAAAGCUGUAUUCUUAAAUUGAAAAGCGGAUUCGAAACUCUUUCUGGUGCAUAUUUCAUAAACAAUCGACCGGUUUACAGUAUUUUACAUGAUAGCAUAACAAGUGCUUUAGCACAUACUUACGGAAUCGAUAAUAUUCUAAUGUUGCUCGAAUACAGCGGUUCGUCUAUAAUAAGAGAAUAUGUGCGAAUCAAGCCUGAUACAUCUGAUGUUGAUAUUGUUCAAAUUAUUGUUCAACCUGAAUAUCAAGAUAAACUAGCAAAACGAUUUAUACUGGAACUUAAAAAGGGAGAAUUCGGAAACGUGUUUUUAAAUCCUUCUUUCACAGAUAAAAGUUUUCAAGAAAAUUUUCUGAAAGCCUUAAUGGCAAUAAAUCCUUCAGAACUAAUUAAAAUGAUGUCGAUUGCACCAGAAACAGCAAAUAUGCAGCUGAAAGACAUAAGAGAAUAUACAAAGUUUGCUUUGGAUGACGCAAUUUUAAAAUCGACGCCAAUCCACUGGCUUUGCCGAAUAGGCCUUAAUAAAAUUUUAACAGCGGUACUUUCCACAACUGACAAUAAACUUAGUUUUUUAAAACGUCUACCAGGUCAUACAACACCUCUUCAUUUUGCUGCAGGAUAUGGACACCUUGAAAUCGUAAAAUAUCUUAUAGAAAUUGGUGUAGAUAUAAACCUUAAAGCACAAUUAGAAUUAAAAUUUGAUAAGGAAAUAGGAGAAUACUACUCCGGUUUUACACCGUUAUUAUAUGCAGCAAGACAGAACCAUCCAGAAGUUGUUGAAUAUAUGAUUCAGCAUGGUGCAGAUCCAAAUCUGGUAAGAGACCAUGGCGGCUCUCCAAUGUUACUUGCGGCUGAUAGAGGUCACACAGAGGUUAUUAAACAUCUCCUUAAAUACAAAGGUGAUCCUAAUCUUUGUUGUGAUCAUGGUACAACACCAAUAAUAUUGGCAGCACAGGAUGGUCAUGUAGAAACAGUUCUUGCUUUGAUAGAAGGAGGAGCUAAUGUUAACAAGCAAAAGAAUAAAAUAGAAGGAAAAACCUCGGCUCUUUUGGCUGCUUCGAAACGGGGUCAUAUAUUGUGUGUAAAGUGUUUAGUUGAAAAUAAAGCUGAAAUUGAUUUAUGCGACGCUAAAGGGUCAACGCCGUUGCUAGUUGCCCUACAAAAUAAUAGAUAUGAUACGGCGAAGUAUUUAUAUGAAAAAAGAGCAGACAUUAAUGCCACUAAUAUUGAAGGCGAAUUUCCGAAUCAGCUUGCAAAAUCCUUAAACUUAGAUAUAUUUUCAGAUGAAGGAACAUGA